AUGCGUAUCCAAUCUUUCGCCAUGUUGGCCGGCGCCACUGCCGCCGUCGCUGCCGAGACAGUCUCUCUUUUCCUUCCUGGCUUCGAUUCCCAACCACUUGACGGCAAGGUCAUUGGCACUACCGGCUCCAUGACCAAAUAUCUCCUCAAGUGUUCUGACCCUAACGAAUGUGGCCUUCCCCCUAAUGGCAUCACCGUGGCCCAGGGCCCUUCAACCGUCAGCCUGGCAUACGCCAUGAACCGCAUGACCGUUACUGAGGACUGCAAGUGGGAUUCCGCAACCGCGACUUGCGCCGCAAGCCUCGACGAGGAAGGCCUAACCACCACAUUCACCUCCGCCAUGGCCCUCACUGAAUUUCCCGGCGGCGCUUUGGUGCCUGUCACUAUCACUGGAACUGGAACGGACAAGGCUCCCGCCACUACUGGUGCCUCCGUCUCGGCUUCCACCGCUGCCUCGACUAGCGGCGCCACUUUGACCACCUCCGCUUCGACUACCGGUGGUACUAGCACUGGCGAGUCCUCGGGUAGCAGCAGUGCUGCUGCCACCAGCCAGACUGAGAGUGGUAACGCUGCUAUGCCUAUGAUUACUGGAAACGCCCGCUGGGCUGCCGGUGGUGUUGCGGCUGCAUUGGCUAUUGCCGUUCUCUGA